AUGAGGCCGAAAGCAGACGGCCGAACAAACAUGCGGUGUCAAGCCUGCGAAGAUGAGAACGACAUAGUUAGUCUCUGGAAGAACCUCCGUAGAAUGCCGUAUAUGGUGUCGAUCCGUUUCUUGGCAGAUUCAAUCCAUGGCAACGCCGAUCAAGCCCCACGGGCAAGAGAUGCCAGAAACAUGCAAGCAGUGACGUGUUUGCCCCUCGCCCCACUACAGCAACGCAGUUUGCUAUCAGGCCACAUUGAAAUGUUUGUCUGGCGCGCCUUUAUGCUCAAGCCGGGAAGCAGUGCGGAAGGCAAAGACCUCGGGCCUGGGACAUCCCGUCAGAACCUUUGCCUAGCUUUUCCUCACUGCCCGCACUUGCUUCCGCCCGGCAUCUUGAAGAUCCGAUUUGCAACGGCCGAAAUCUUAUGGUGGCUUGAGAACAAAGGAUCGUAG